GGCGGAGUGGCAGAGAGGGAUAGAAGGGCAGGCCUGGCAGGGUGCGGUCUCGAGUGGCAACUGAUGCCUCGAAUUCCCAAUUCAACUGGAAAGGCAAAGCGGCAGAGACAAAAAAACGGGACAAGAAGGAGAAACGCCAGAACCAGUAGUGUUCCUCCUCGUUUGACAUUGACAGCACCUCAGUGGCAAAACCACAGCACCAAGAAGACAAUCUGCGACCACUGUUCACUACAGAAGAUCUACUUUGAACCUGUUUGUUUAAAUGAGCAGCCUUUUCAACUCCAUUCCUAUAUCUGUUGGCUCCCGACGACGAGAAAGAACAAGAUACAGUUAAGCGGCGACGUUUGGACAACACCGGACUUGGACCCCGGAGACAUUGAACUUUUACCCCUGCUACCGGUUCCAUAAAACAAAACAUUCGGCUAAAUGACUGUUUUUGGGGGCUUUUACGGACAGUUGCUGUGCGCACCGAGGAUGGCGUGGAUAAGGCUUAUAUAAUAUUGAAAUAUCCUGUCCCCUAACCUCCAUUCCUUACCCUGUGGGGGGAACACGGAGCAUCCAGGGGAGGGGGUAGCUUGAGACACCUCCGCGACCUGUGCCACCUUACCACUCCGCUUCGGAGUGGCCGGCCCUGCCGGUCUGGCUGGGAUGCGUCUCUCCGUGCUUGUAGGGCUCUUCAUCGGCUGCGCCCUGUUUCUCGCACCUGUAACCGAAGGCUGUGGGCCGGGGAGGGGAUACGGCAAGAGACGUCUGCCAAAGAAGCUCACACCCCUCGCUUAUAAGCAGUUCAGCCCAAACGUUGCCGAGAAAACACUGGGCGCCAGUGGCAAACACGAGGGCAAAAUAACGAGAAACUCAGAACGGUUCAAAGAACUCACUCCCAACUAUAACCCUGAUAUCAUAUUUAAAGAUGAGGAGAAUACGGCUGCCGAUCGACUUAUGACCCAGCGUUGUAAAGACAAGCUGAACUCCUUGGCCAUCUCUGUGAUGAACAUGUGGCCUGGGGUGAAGCUGAGAGUGACAGAGGGAUGGGACGAAGACGGGCACCACUCAGAGGACUCCCUCCAUUAUGAGGGAAGAGCGGUGGACAUCACCACCUCAGACCGGGACAGGAACAAGUACUCCAUGCUGGCUCGCCUGGCUGUGGAGGCUGGCUUCGACUGGGUCUACUAUGAAUCGAAGGCACACGUGCACUGCAGUGUCAAGUCAGAGCACUCAGUAGCAGCUAAGACCGGGGGCUGUUUCCCUGGUCGUUCUCUGGUCACUCUGGAUGACGGGAGCAGCAGGGCUGUUCAGGACCUCCAGCCAGGUGACCGGGUCCUGGCCUCCUCGGGGGCUGACGGCAGCAGGAUCGGAGGAGACCUCGUCUACAGUGAGUUCUUCACCUUCCUGGACCACGAGCCUGCAGCCAGAAAACAGUUCUACGUGUUGGGAACAGAGAUGGGAGCGAACCUGACCCUCACCGCGGCUCAUCUUGUGUUCGUGACCGAGGGUAACUGUUCAGUGGGCGAAUCGGGUGCUGUCAUGCGGACUAUGUACGCCAGCGACGUACGGCCAGGACAGUGUGUGCUGACCGCAGGGAGAAACCAGGGACUACAGGGAAUCCUCUCCCAGGUCAUUUGGGUCCACAUCCAGAUGGACACCGGGGCCUUCGCCCCUCUGACACGCCACGGUUCACUGGUUGUGGACGGCGUUCUAGCCUCGUGCUACGCUGCUAUGGACCAGCACCAUCUAGCCCACUGGGCAUUUGGCCCACUCCGCCUGCUGUACAGCUGGACCAGAUGGACUGGUGCCUCUCUAGGAGACGGACUACACUGGUACUCACAAGUCCUGCAUUGGAUAGGAACGUUCCUAUUGGACCCUGGACAUUUCCACCCCUGUGGGAUGGUCAUGCACGACUCAGAGAGAUAAAGAGAGAGAGAGAAAAAAAAAGACACGGGAGGUCGCAAGUAAAUUGUCCAAUCAAAUCUAAUGUUAUUUUGUCAGGUUGCUUCGUAGAAAACAGGUCUAACAGUGAAAAGCUAACUUACUGGUCCAUUUCCAACCAUGAAUAACAAAUAAAAAUAAAGAGUAAAAGUGACAUGGCUAUAAAAACGAUAUAUACAAAAGUAUGUGGACAACACUUAAAAUUAGUGGAUUCGGCUUUUUCAGCCACCCGUUGCUGCCAGGUGUAUAGAAAAUCAAGCACACAGCCAUGCAAUCUCCAUAGACAAACAUUGGCAGUAGAAUAGCCUUACUGAAGAGUUCAGUGACUUUCAACGUGGCAUCGUCAUAGGAUGCCACCUUUCCAACAUGUCAGUUAGUCAAAAUUCUGCCCUGCUAGAAGUGGAAAUGUCUAGGAGCCACAACAGCUCAGCCGCGAAGUGGUAGGACACACAAGCUCGCACAAUGCCCCCGUGCACAAAGCUAGGUCCAUACAGAAAUGGUUUGUCGAGAUCGGUGUGGAAGAACUUGACUGGCAUACACAGAGCCCUGACCUCAACCCCAUCGAACACCUUUUGGAUGAAUUGGAACGUCGACUGCGAGCCAGGCCUAAUCGCCCAACAUCAGUGCCUGACCUCACUAAUGCUCUUGUGUCUAAAUGGAACCAACAGCAAUGUUACAUCAUCUAGUGGAAAGCCUUCCCAGAAGAGUGGAGGCUGUUAUAGCAGCAAAGGGGAAACCAACUCCAUAUUAAUGACCAUGAGCAGGUGUUCACAUACUUUUUGUCAUGUAGUGAGUGAGUGUGUGGGUGUAUGUAGUGUAUGUGUGGUCAAAUCCAGCAUGUGUGCAUAGAGUCAGUGAAAAACAGCGUCCAUGCAGGUAGUCCGGUAGCCAUUUGUUUACCUUUUUAUAUAGACAGUCUCUUAUCCAGCGCGACUAAGUGACUUGCUGAAGGGCACAUCGGAAGAUUUUUUUACUUAGCCGGCUCAGGGAUUCAAACUAGCAACCUUUGGCUUACUGGCCCAACACUCUAACCGCUAGGCUACCUUGUUUAGAAGUCUUAUGGUUUGGGGGUAGAUGCUCUUCUGGGUCCUCUUGACUCCAGACUUGGUGCAUCGGUACCACUUGCCGUGAGGUAGCAGAGAAAGCAGUCUGUGGCUUGGGUGGCUGGAGUCUUUGACAAUUUUGACACAGACUGGAACAGAGGUCCUGAAGUUCGGCCCCAGUGAUGUACUGGGCCGUACGCACUACCCUCUGUAGCACCUUGAGGUCGGAUGCCGAGCAGUUUCCAUACUAGGCGGUGAAGCAGCCAGUCAAGAUGCUCUCAAUGGUGCAGCUGUAGAACGUUUUGAGGACCUGAGGGCCAACGCCAAAUCUUUUCAGCCUCCUGAGGGGGAAGAGGUGUUGUCGUUCCCUCUUCACGACUGUGUUGGUGAGUGUGGACCACGAUAGAUCCUUCGUGAUCUGGACACCAAGGAACUUGAAGCUCUCGACCGUCUCCACUACAGUCCCGUCGGUGUGAAUGGCUGUGUGCUCGGCCCUCCAUUUCCUGUUGCCCAUGAUCAGCUCCUUUGUCUUACUGUCGUUGAAGGAGAGUUUGUUGUCCUGGAACCACACGCCAGGAGUCUGACGUCCUCCCUGUAGGCUGUCUCAUCAUCAUCGGUGAUCAGGCCCUACCACCAUUGUGAUGUCAGAAAACGUUAUUGUGGUGUUGAAGUCGUGCACGGCCACACAGUUGUGGGUGAAGAAGGAGUACAGGAGGGGAGUAAGCAUGCACCCCUGAGGGGCUCCUGGGCUGAGGGUCAGCGUGGUGGAUGUGUUGUUGCCCGUCAGGAAGUCCAGGAUCCAGUUGCAGAGGGACGUGUUAAGUCCAAGGGACCAUAGUCCACCAUAUACCAUAUCCAACAUAGUGAUGAGCUUCAAGGGCACUAUGGUGUUGCUGAGCUGAACUGUAGUCAAUGAACAGCAUUCUGUAGACAGUGAACAGCAUUCUCAAAUAGGAUUCCUUUUGUUCAAGUGGGAAAGGGCAGUUUGGAGUGCAUUGGAGAUUUUAUCAUCUGUGGAUCUAUUGGGGCGGUAUGCAAAUUGGAGUGGGUCCAGGGUGUCUGAGAUGAUGGUAUUGUGUUGAUGUGAGUCAUGGCCAGCAUUUCAAAGCAUUUAAUGGCUAUAGAUUUGAGUGCUAUGGGGUGAUAAUCAUUUAGGCUGGCUACCUUGGUGCUCUUGGGUACAGGGACUAUGUCAGGGACAGGUUAAAAAUGUCAGUGAAGACACUUGCUAGCUGGUCAGUGCCUGCUCUGUGUAUGCGUCCUGAUAAUCUGUCUGGCCCCCCUGCGGUCUUGUGAAUGUUAACCUGUUUAAAGAUCUGUUAUGGAGAGCGUGAUCACACAGUCAUCUGGAACAGAUGCUGCUCUCACGCAUGGUUCAGUGUUGCUUGCCAUAGAAGGCAUUUAUCUCGUCUGGUAGGCUCGUGUCACUGGGCAGCUCAUAGCUGAAAACUGCGUUGGUAAAUCUUAUGUUCUACAGCUUAUCAUGAGAUAUUGUAACUAAUUCGAGCAGAACCUCAAGACUUCCUUCAUAUUAGAUAUUGCGCACCAGCUGUUCUUAACAGAGACACCCCCGCCCCGCCCCCACCCCCACUCUUGAGUUUACGAGAUGCCACGACUCCGUGAAGUAUAGGAUAUUACAGUUAUUAAUUUCCCGUUUUGAUAGGAUAGUCUCGAACGAAGCUCGUCCAGUUUGGUCUCCGGUAAUCCGCCAAUACAACAGAGGGAAGAAGCAGAUUAUUUUCCUCCGUAGUUUCAUCAGGGUUCAAUAUCGUCGUCUUUUUGUUCUUCCGAGUGUCUGGGACUAGGGCCUGGUCCCGGGUGAGCAGUAGGUCCUUCUCGGCCCCCAAGUUAUAGAAGUAAAAGUCUUCAUCCAAAUCGAGGUUUAGUGAUCGUUGUUCUGAUGUCCAGAAGCUUUUUAUUUAAAUUUUUUAGUCUUAGGAAACGAUGAUAGAAACAUUUUUUGUACAAAAAAAAACAAGAAAAACAACAACAGCAAGUUGUUAUUGGUCAGAAGGCCGUAAAAAUGAUCGCUAUCCCAGUGCCAUUCUCCCGUUGAGAAGAAAUAUAAAGGCAAUGAGAGUCGUCUGCAACUUGCAGACCGGUAAGGUGAAGGUAAGGAAGUAUGAGUCAAUGGAAACAGAUAUCACCUUUUUAGAGUUUCAAACAUUUUCUACAGUUUCUGGAAGCAAAAUUAUACAACAUUUUGAGAAUUGCUGCACAGAAUUCUGAGAACAGAGUUCAUCUGCUUUACACCCAAAGAUACUUUUGAGAAACUUCUGCAUUACAUUGCAGGGAGCAACAUAAAGGCAAGACCUCUGUGCCUAUUUAUUUAGGCCUUCCCCAUCAUAUGCCUUCCUGUUUUCAGGACCACGAGUCCUUGACACUCAACACUGGAAUGUGUACACACACCACACACACACACACACACACGAGGUAAACACUCAAACACACUCAGGUUAGAUAAUGAGGAGAUAGAGAGAAGGGUGAAUUGAAGAGUCUUCAGAACAAGGAGUCUGGUGUUGGUGUAGCAGAUGAAAGGGUUCAGAGGUCAUCUUCACCUGGCCUACUACAUGAUCUGUACAGUGGGGUUUAUUGUAAAAGUGUCGUCAACUUGUCUGAUACAUGUGUGUAAUAUGAUCCUGUCAACGUCUAUCAAUCUGUCCAGGUUAUUAUUAUUCUGUAGUCAUAUCUUCAUUUGUUCAUAUCUUCGUGUCUUCGUCUUUAUGUCUUCAUGAAUAUUAUCUUCAUGAAAUCUGAGGCAUUAUGUUAUUUUGUGCUGAACUAUGUCAGAUGUAUAUUAUUAUGUUGUGAAAAAAACUAUUUAAAGAUCUAUUUUUAA